GAAAGGACCAGUAGUCUACAGUAGAAGAGGCAGACAAAUGCAGCAGAGCCCGGUCCUGUCGCCGUGGUUCCGGCUGGAUUCGCUUUGCAGGCUGUUUGGGAAUACUUAAAACGGGCGCAGAGCCUACACAAGAAUGUGCAGUUUUCAGAGGGGCGGAGACAAGCUUGCCUUGCAUCCAUAGCGAGUAAAAGCGGCGUCCGGGCAGCCUCACUGCGGGCUGCUGUUAGAGACUAGCCUAUAAGUUUACAAUAGGAAACAAUAAGGUUCUCUCUCGGUUCUUCUGGGCCAUAAUGGGUGGAUGUUUUUCAGCCGCAGAGACGAGUCACACAGCCGGGUAGGCAUUUUUUUGUUGUUGUUCGGUGCUGCUGUGACGUUAACCAGAAUCGUCCAUGGUGAAGUGACCCUGGGUUUCGAACAAGUGACCCGCCUAAACACAGUCAGAAGUGCUUAGAGAGACGCAACAUUGCAACCGGGACAAAAACUGCGCAGGGUUACAUUAAACGGAUCCCAGCCUGAGCUCCCCUGCGCGCAAUGAUAAAGAGCACCCUCCGCGGCUGUUUCCCUGUGGGGUGGCUGUGAAAAGUGGACAGUCUGGUUUGUUUUCUCCAUCCACUUCCAGCCUGCAUGGAACAAAGUGUGCUUUCUGAAGCAUAACCUGCGCCCGUGAGGUGGAUCCAGGCGGUUUGUCAGCUUGGGUUUAUAUGUCACAACAGCGCUAGUCGAGAGUCCAGCUUCUCCCGAUCAAUCAUCAUGAGGACCACCGAGGAGUCAGAGGGCUUUGACGGCGAGGCCUCCAACACUUCCAUGAUCUCCGGGGCCAGCAGUCCGUAUCAACCCACCACCGAGCCCGUCCAUUCAAGGAACGUUUUGGGGGGGAUUAGGUGCGACAUGGAGUACCUUAAGUCAUACUUUGGGAUUUUAAAGGCGGUUGAAGUGGUCCUAUCACUUAUUGGAUUCAUCUGCAUAGAGACCAUCAUGAUGUGUUCUCCCUGCGGGGGGGUGUACUUCUUCGAGUUUGUCAGUUGCAGUGCCUUCGUGGUGACAGGAGUCCUCCUCUUUAUCUUCAGCCUCAACCUGCACACCAAGGUGCCCCAUGUCAACUGGAGCCUCACGGACCUGGUUAACACGGCUGCCAGCACCUUCUUCUUCUUCUUGUCGUCUCUUGUGUUGGCCUGCAUCAACCACAACACUGGAGCUGAAAUAGCAGCAUUGAUCUUCGGCUUCCUGGUGACAUGUGUGUAUGGAGUUAACACCUACCUGGCGGUACGGAGGUGGCGCCGUGGCAAUGGGUCUCAGGGGGUGGCUCAAACCAGCGAGUACAUACGAGCACGCACGGCAUCUCGUGGAGAAAUGGAGGCAAGACCUGAACUUGGAUGAGUGCUGGCAGAGAAUCAGACUGAAAGGAAAGCCACACUACCGGCAGCUGACUGAGAUUGACUCUGCCCUCAGAACAGUAUUUCAUUCAAGUCUUGAGUGCAAGGGCCAUCUCAAGCUCACCGCUUUUGACUUCUCCUCACCUCAGCUGUGCUUUCUGCCUGCUCAGCCACUGAAUAAAUGUUCAUUUCAUAGCCACAGAUGAGCUCUGUGGCUUUGUUGAUCAGGCAUCCUGGCUUCAGUGACACAUGAAGACUCUAAUGUGAAGAGCUCCAGUCACAAUUGAAGGUAUUCUCUGUAAAACCUUUCACCCAUGUACCUUUCUAAGUCAGUAUGAAUAAUGACUUCCACAAAAGAGCCAAAAAAAAAGGCUGACCUUACUCCAACUGUGCACUAACUCCUGCUUUGGCGUAGGUGUUGACUUUUUUAUUUUUAUUUUUUUUUUAGAAAAUUUUGUUUUUCACUGUGAAUGAAGUCAAGUUACAGAAGGUUUGUACAGUUUGCUUAUUUCACGCCGCUGUCUGUGAAAUCUGUGGUAAUAACUGUGACCUGUGAGCAAAACCGACAAAAGAUUCCAAAUGCUGACAUGUUUGUUUCCCCUUCGCCACUAUUAAGCUCCCUGCUGCCAACAGUUAAAUACAGUAACAGUACAGGGUCGUUCUUCGUCAACUGCAAUGAAGACAGGCAGCACAACAUAAGGUCAACAUUUUGAAAUGAGUGCUAAAAGAUCUUCUUUGCAACACAAAUGCAUCCAGUGGGUUUGCCACAAUAAUGAGACCAAUGUAAAAAUGUCUUUUGUAUCCCAGGUUGUGUAGAAACUAUUCAAAAGAUAUUCACACUAGCAUUCCUAAAAUUUUAAUUUCAAGGUCUGUUAGGUCAACACUGUGAGACAGGAGUAGGUUGUAUUACGCGAUGAUCGUAAUUGGUAUCUUGUUACCUUUGCACAUACUGUAUCCAAGGCUUCAGGUUACACAAAUGUUGACGGUACAUCAGUGAGAUUAAUUAUGAAACAAACAUCAGUAGAUGCCCUUUAGCCCAUAGACUGUAUCUCAGGUAUUGACACACUCCUUUCAUCUUUGAUUCUUAAAAAAAAAAAAAAAAAAAAGCAUUUGAAAUAAAAUCACAGGGUGCCUCAGUUGAACGUUGUAUUUCUUAAGGUCUUCCAAAUUAUUAGACAUGAUAGGACUGUCAUAAAGAAUGGAAAUUAACUGAUAAAAUGAAUUUAAAAAAAGGAAGAGUCAAGUGAAGGUGAAGGCGGUGGGAUGGAAAUACAGCACUUUCAGCAUUAUUGUCACAGCUUUCACUCUAUUUGGUUGCAUUAAAAUGUCUGCAUAUGUAUCUACAGUAUAUUAUCACACUUUGUGUAUUAUGAAAUCUCUAUCAUUCCACAUUGCAUCUGUUAUAAGGCUCAUGCAGAUAUAGCGCAAAACAGAUUUGUCAUUCCUUCAAUGUUUUUUUCUGUUCAGAUAGUUUAACUAGGCUUAAGCUUAAAACCUCACAUCUUAUUUGCUUUUUAUGAUGAAGGAAGAAAUGUCAACUUAAUUGUUGGUGUCUUACAUUGCUCUAAUGUAUUGAAUUUACACUACAGUUACACAUGUGUAUGUUUUCUAUGUUGUUUGAGACCUUUAUGUAUAUUAGCUUUGGGUGAGUUUGUGCAUGGUCUGACUAUCUGACUCUAUGGCUCCAUCUCCUGGUCGUCAUCUAAAAUAUAUUUCUCCAGAGGACUGUACAGCCAGAUAACUACAGUAGUGUGUGUAUAAGAGAAGGACCAUACAUGUGUUUGAAUGUGGGUUGAAAUGAAAAAUAAAAACUAUGGCUUCUUAGAGGUCUCAUGGCAUGAACAUUU